GUUAUUUUAUCAAUUUUCACCUUAGAAUGUAUAAUAAAUCAAAAGGCAAUCACAAUAAUAAUAAGAAUAAAGAAAAGAAAAAUUGUCCAUUUAUAAGAAAAAGAAAAUUCAAAUCAAAAUAUGAUUCAAGAAUACAUUUAUUAAAACAGAAAAUUAUACAGAAACGACGAGCAGAAUUCGUUUCUCGUACUCAAAAGCAAAAACCCAAUACAAUCAAUCGAACGGAAAUAAUUCAAUUGACAUCCGAUAAAUCAAAAGUGAUUCCUAAUGUUUUCACAAUGUCAAGUGAUAAUUCUUGUGAACAACCAUUUUUAAAAUUGGACAAAGAUGUAUCAGUUGAAAAAAUGUCUUCAGUGAAAUCUCAUUCGAUUAGACCGAAUAAAAAAUCUAAAUCGUUCAUUGUCAAUAACAAAUCAGAAAAUGAUCAAUCAAAUCAACAGUAUAAUUUGAAAAACUCAACUUCAAAUUUAUAUUCAACAAAUAACAUGAAAGAAGUAUGGUUUGAUGAUGUACCACAGGCUUUAAUUGCUAAUUCAAUGCAAGAUCAAUCGGCUACAACAAAAUCUUUAGUGAAACUAACAUCAUUUUCAGGUCCGACACGUCGUAUUGCAAUGGAUUGUGAAUUCGUUGGAGUAGGUUUUGAAGGUAAAGAUGAUGCAUUAGCACGUGUUUCAAUUGUAAAUCAAUUUGGUCAUACCUUAUUGGAUGCUUAUGUACGUCCAGAAGAACGUGUUGUUGAUUAUCGAACAAAAUUCUCUGGUAUAAGACCUCGUGAUUUGCGGAAAAAUGGACCAGCUCGAGCGUUCAAUGAUGUACACAAAGAAGUUGCAGAAUUGAUAAAGAAUAAAAUACUAGUUGGACAUUCUAUCCUGAAGGAUCUUAAAGUUUUAAGAUUGUCUCACCCUCGUCGUUUUAUUCGUGAUACAUCACGUUAUCGUCCAUUUCGGGAUUUAUUCAAUGGUCGUAUACCAUCACUCAAAGCAUUGACACAAAAAGUUCUCGGUGUUAAUGUACAAAGUGGUGAACACGAUUCAGUUGAAGAUGCUAGAGCUACUAUGCGUCUAUACACAUCUGUGAAACGUGUCUGGGAAUCAAAGAAAAAGCAUCGGACUUCAAAAACCGAACAAGUCAAAAAGAAUAUAAAUCUAGAAGAACAAGGCGUACUCAAUGUAAAAGAUGAAUAUGAGGUUUGUCAUAUGUAA